ACACACUUUAGAUAAGGACAAUUAGUCACCAGCGAGACCCUGUAGGAAGAGAGGUUUAAAUCAGAGGGAUUUAAUGAGGGUGCUCUGUGCCUUUCCUGAAGCCAUGCCCUCCAGCAACUCCCGCCCCCCCGCGUGCCUAGCCCCGGUGGCUCUCAUCUUGGCUCUGUUGCUCCAUCUCUCCCUUUCCUCCCAAGCUGGAGACAGGAGACCCUUGCCUGUAGACAGAGCUCCAGGUUUGAAGGAAAAGACCCUGAUUCUACUUGAUGUGAGCACCAAGAACCCAGUCAGGACAGUCAAUGAGAACUUCCUCUCUCUGCAGCUGGAUCCGUCCAUCAUUCAUGAUGGCUGGCUGGAUUUCUUAAGCUCCAAGCGUCUGGUGACCCUGGCCCGGGGACUUUCACCUGCCUUUCUGCGCUUCGGGGGCAAAAGGACCGACUUCCUGCAGUUCCAGAAUCUGAGGAACCCGGCAAAAAGCCGUGGGGGCCCCGGCCCGGAUUACUAUCUCAAAAACUAUGAGGAUGACAUUGUUCGAAGUGAUGUUGCCUUGGAUAAACAGAAAGGCUGCAAGAUUGCCCAGCACCCUGAUGUUAUGCUGGAGCUCCAACGGGAGAAGGCAGCUCAGAUGCAUCUGGUUCUUCUAAAGGAGCAAUUCUCCAAUACUUACAGUAAUCUCGUAUUAACAGGUAAGGCUAUUGGCUUCGGCUGGAAUCUUAGAGCACUGUAG